GCCAACACUGACCCCAGAGCGCCUUCCGGUACGAGACUUGAGCCAUCCCACUUUGGGCUCGUUUCUCUUCUUUGCAUUAGUACUUCAACUGCACGGUCGCUUCUAUUCUACCAUUCGCUUCUUCAUCGGAGUUUUACUCUUUCUCCAGCACGCCGUCAGACACAAUGGACGCCCUCGCAGCACUCGUCGUUCGUGCUGCCGCGGAUGAAUUUAACAUCGACCCCAACAAUCUCAACCUUACCACGACGGACCCCGCCUUGAUUAAGGAGCAGAGAAAAUAUUGCACCAUCGACAAAGGAUGUCCCCUCGAAUGGGCUACAAUGCAGUAUCGGCCCAACAUCAUCGGAAACGGCGUUUACGGAAUCGUCCUGGCUGUCCUGUUAGUUGGGCAAUUAUGGUUCGGCAUCCGGAAGAAGACGUGGACUUACAUGGGCGCUGUGGGGUCUGGCUGUCUUCUUGAAAUCGUUGGAUAUGUUGGUCGAAUCAUGCAGAAUCGGAAUCCCUUCCUUAUGAGAAAUUUCUUGAUGAAUCUCAUUCCCCUCACGCUUGCGCCUGCGCUUCUCACCGCCGGUAUCUACCUCUGUCUUGGUCGCGUCAUCACUGUCGUCGGUGCCGAGAAUUCGCGUCUUAAGCCCAAACUGGUCUCCAUCAUCUUCGUUAGCUGCGACCUCGUCUCUCUAGUUCUUCAAGCAAUUGGAGGAGCUCUUGCUUCGAUCGCCGACGACAAAGCGGGCUCCGAUAGGGGUGUCAUGAUCAUGAUUAUCGGUCUGAUCUCUCAAGUUAUCUCUAUGAUACUCUUCUUCGGCAUCUGGGGCGACUUCGCUCUCCGUGCUCGCAAGGCCAAGGUUGCCGGUCGACGCUGCACACCCCCGCUGUACGAGCAGCUUCGUGCCAGCAAAUUGUUCCACUGGUUCCAAAUCAGUCUCUUCCUCGCUACAGUCCUCAUCUUCAUCCGAUGCGCCUACCGUGUUGCCGAGCUCUGGGGCGGCUUCGACAGCCAUCUCGCCAACGACGAAUUGACCUUCAUGAUUUUCGAGGGACCUAUGAUCAUCUCGGCAGUCGCUUUCAUGACCGUCUUCCACCCCGGCCGUGUCUUCGACGACCUCUGGGUGCCUGCCGGCAAAGGCGUUCGCUCUAUGAAGCACCUCGAUGACUCUUCGUCUUCCAUUGGAUUAACGGAGGGCUGGCAGGACAACACUGCUUAUCAGCGAGUCUAAGCCACUACAAGGCUGCAUGCCAUGAGCUGCAGUAAAGUUUAGACCGCAGAAAUCCCCAACAAUUGUCUGUGCAGGGAUCGAAUUGGAAUAUGAGGUGGGGAGGGACUGUGUCGCGCGCAGCACAAGGCUGACUGAAAUUCGGGUCGGCGGUCGGACGAUUUUGGCUGUGUGUUAUCACAUUUGGAUAAUGCUGGAAUGACUAGGGU